AUGGUUCUAUCUUUUUUCCACUCCAGGCAUUCCCCUCUCCUUUUAAACCUCUGCCUUCUCUCUCUCGCACACGCAACACCAAAAUAUCUCUCUCUCUCUCUCUCUCUCUCUCUCUUGGUGUAACACGAGAGUCUCGCACUAAAAAAAAAAGAUAUACUUAACAGACUGGUGGGCAGUUGUAAAUAAUGGCAGGGAAGAAUAGUGUGACGAUGAAGAAGAAAAGUGGGGGUGAGGUGAUGGACGGUUCGGACAUAAUGGAGUUGGUUGGGAACGAUCAAGUUUUCAGUAACUUUGUGGAUCACAAGUUCCAAGAGUUGGAUCGAGACGGCGAUGGUAAGCUCUCCGUGAAGGAGUUACAACCCGCUGUCGCUGAUAUCGGUGCUGCUCUUGGCUUGCCUUCUCAGGGUGCUUCUCCUGAUUCUGACCAUAUCUACUCUGAGGUGCUGAGUGAAUUCACCCAUGGAAAACAAGAAAAAGUGACCAAAACAGAGUUCAAAGUGGUGCUUUCAGACAUUCUAAUAGGCAUGGCUGCUGGAUUGAAGAGGGACCCGAUUGUCAUUCUUCGCAUCGACGGGGAAGACCUCUCGGAGUUUAUAAGGAGCUCGAACUUUGAAUUCGAGAUGGUUUCCAAAUUUUCGCAGAUAGAGUUGCCCGAGGGAUCCCUCAAAGACUAUAUAAUCAAGGGAUUUGAAAAACUUACAGUGGAGCAAGGAGUGCCUCCUGCUUCAGAUUCUUGGGUUAUGAGCAACAUCAUAGAACCAGCUGUCCAAUCUGAUGGUGGAUAUGAUCAGCAACCCAUUUCUCAAGAGGUAUUUUUAAAAGAGUUUCACAAAGCAGCUGAGAGAGUGGCUCAGAAACUCAAGGAGCAGCCAGUGAUUGUUGCCCACACUGAAAAUACCUUCGAUGGCAGCGGCAUUAAGAGACUUCUAUCAAACAAAUUUGAAUUGGACAAGACACUGGAAGCAACUGUGAAAAAUAUUCCUAAAGACCGUAACGGGAAAAUGCCCAAAGAGUAUCUGCGGGUGGCGUUGGAUGUGGUGGCCCCAUCAGCGGGAUUACCUCCAUUUGGUGCAGUUGAUGAGAUGGAUCAUGCUGUCGCAUCGGUGAUGAAGAUGUUGGAUGCAGAUGAUGGGCAGUUGGUCAAAGAAGAGGAGUUCAAGAAGUUACUGACAGAAAUACUAGGGAGUCUGAUGUUGCAGUUAGAAGGCAACAUAAUCUCUGUCUCUACAAAUUCAGUUGUUCAUGAGCCCAUUGCUUCUGCUUCCACCCUCUUGCAACCAUCUGCUUCUUCAUAGUGUAUAUAUCGUAACCUAUGUAUCUGAUCAUAAGUUGCAUAUCAAGAAAACCCUGGUUAAGGGAGCGGUCAGUAGUUUCUAAUUAAUAGUAAUGUAAUGUUUGGUUCACUUGAUUUCGCUAAUAAAAUGUUUUGUUCACUCUAA